AUGACUACACACCUCAAGUUCAACAAAACGACCACAUGUGAAGAGGUGGUUGAAGUCUUUUCCGAGAAUGUUGUCGGCAAGACGAUCCUAAUCACCGGAGUCUCGCCCAAUGGCCUCGGCGAGGCGAUGGCACAGGCCCUUUCAACAAAGAAGCCCGCAAAGUUAAUCUUCACAGCACGGUCUAUUGCCAAGGCUGAAUCCGUUGUCCAAACCAUCAAAAGUGGCAUGGCUGAUCCUCCAUUGAUUGAAAUUGUGCAGAUGGAUCUGUCUUCCAUCGCUUCCGUGCAAGCUGCAGCCGAAGCUCUUCAACAACACCAGCACAUCGACAUCUUGAUCAACAAUGCUGGAGUUAUGGCCUUGCCCGACCGCACCUUGUCAACAGAUGGAUAUGAAAUGCAUUUUGGCACCAACUUCCUUGGCCAUUGGCUCUUUACCAACUUCCUCAUGCCAAAGUUGACCAGCGGUGGAAGAGUUGUCAACAUCACAUCGGGAGGGUACAUGGUUUGCCCAAUUCGAUUCCAUGAUCUUAACUGGGAUGGCGACAAGGAAUUGCCAGCAGAGGAAGAGCCAAACAUGAACAUGGUGCAGAACUUGGGGCUUGGCUCGCUAGCAAACGCUAGAGAGUACAAUGGCAUGCUAGCGUAUCUACACUCCAACGCCGCAUCCAUGCUAUUUUCCGUUGGCCUCAAGGAAAGAUUCGGGAGCAAAGGUGUCGCAGCUAUCAGCGCAGCCCCAGGAGUCGUCGUGACAGAGCUGCAGAGGCAUAUAAAGGGAUUCCGCAACCCGAACAUGGAGUACAAGUCUGCCUCUCAAGGUGCAGCCAGCUUUCUGGUUGCUGCCCUGGAUCCCGCUCUUCAAGGCCAUAACGGCGCAUAUGUCGAUGAUUGCCAGAUGGCCGAGAUAGUAUCUACCCAUGUGCAGGAUGUAGAGGUUGCCGAUAGAACGGUUUGCGCUGGGUCUUCGGAUCUUUGGGACCGGGUUCGCUACCGAGCCGAUAGCAGUGGCACAGAAACUGUUGGUCCUCAGCGAAGGCUAAGUCUUUAA